AUGUCUUCCGCCGCAGCCUCUGGUUCGAUCUCCGCCGCAUCUGCUUCUGCGGCCCCCACAGCCGCGCCGCCAUAUGCUGCGGUCUCGCCGUUUCUAGCGUCUCAACCACUCGCCUGGGCUCACUCCCGGUCGCCUCCCGUGGUCGCGCCCGCGACACCGCCGCCGCUCACGCCGAACGCGUUGGCCCAACCUCCGCCCACGGCUACCUCAUCGGUUGCCCCUGCUGUUGAGACUGCUACGCCUGGAGCCCCGAUGGUGCCCUACGGGACGCCCUCUUCCCCGCACGGUGUGUUUGCGCCGCUAUCCUAUGGUGGGCCCGCGCCCAUGACCUACGGCGCUCCUGCGCUGCCGCCGUACGAUGCUCCCUCACGGCCGGUUUACGGUGCCUACGCGACGCCGCCCUACAGCGUGCCUGCGCGAACCUAUGGUCCACCCGCGAUGCCCUACGGUGCCCCCUCGCCGCCGUCCUACGGCGCCUAUCCGCUGCCGCCUUAUAGUGCGACCGCGUUGCCCUAUGGUGCGCCCGCAAUGCACUACGAUGCGCCCUCGGCGUCCAUAUACUUCACCGUCAGCGGCUCCUGCCAUUGCCCCGUCGAUGGAGUUGGUCGGUACCUCACUGGCGCUUGGUGGUGCUCCUUGGACCACCCUACGCCAUGCCCGCUUCACCUCUAG